AUGAGUAAUUAUGUGGAAAGAAUUUCGGUGCAAUACCACAAUUUCUCCCAGGGUGCAGAUCCUCUAAUCGACAGCUGGGCACUGAUGCAGACGCCAACGCCGAUCCUGUCGAUAACGGGGCUGUAUCUGCUGUUCGUCCUGUGGGUCGGUCCGCGUUGGAUGGAGCAGCGUAAACCGUUCGAGCUAAAGCACACACUGAUCGUGUACAAUGCAGCCCAAGUGGUGGUAUCAACCGCGUUCUGUCUGACGCCCUUCUUUACCGGCCUCUUUUUGCAGUACAUGUCGAUGUCCUGCGGUGAAUCGAUGACUGGCGUUAGCAAAGAGCUCCAGCUGACGGUCUGGAACGGUGCCUGGAUGUACCUGAUGCUGAAAAUCGUGGAACUGCUCGAUACCGUAUUCUUCGUGCUGCGGAAGAAACAGAACCAGGUGUCGUUCCUGCACGUGUACCACCACACGAUAAUGGUGCUGUUUACAUGGUUCUAUUUGAAGUACAUUCCCGGAACGCAGGCAGCGUUUAUUGGUGUGCUGAACUCGUUCGUGCACAUCUUCAUGUACACUUACUACCUCAUAGCGGCCCUCGGACCACAGUCGGUGCAGGAGAAACGUCUAUUCGACAAGAAGUACCUGUUCUGGAAGCGCUAUCUGACGACGCUACAGCUGCUGCAGUUCGGCAUUAUGCUGUGCUAUUUCGUGCUCAUCAACAGCAUGCAGUGUCAGGUGCCGCGCGCAUUAACGUACUUCUUCGUCAGCAACAUAACCAUCUUUCUGUUCCUGUUCAUCAACUUCUACCGGAAGGCGUACCGGAAGCGGCCGAUUAGCGUGAAGGUGGAUUAA